CUUUUGAAUUUGUGUUGAAGACACAUAUGUUGUUCCAUGCGCUUAUACCAUGGCAACUGACCAGUAGUGACUGAGUAACAGAUACUUGGUAAAUAUUCACAGCUUCAGUGGCUGUUCUUGACACAGGUGGCUUAAAUUUGCCUUUUGCUGUUGUUUUUUUUUUUAUUCCCUGCAUUUUGGUCUGUAUUCUGAAAGCCUGUCUCUUUAUUUUUUCCCCUCUCUGUGUGUGUUCCAGUGACUUUAUAACAUGCAAGGCACUGAUACCAGGGGGAGCUCCCCUGCAUUCCUCCGUCCUCAGAACGGGAGCAGUCACAGGUCUUCGGGGUACGUCCCGGGGAGAAUUGCCCCUCUCCGUCCCCCGCCGCCUUCGCAGAGCCAUGCUGCAGCAGAAUUUACCUCGGCGAGACAGGAAGCCCAGACAAGACUCCCGUCCUUGCCAGUGGAGCAGCACCACCGACAGGCAGAAGCCAACAGACACAAAAAUACUCUUAUUUGUUCUGCCGUUUCUAGCCUUUCACUUUUUGUUGCACUGGGGAUUUUUUUGGGAAUAGCUUCAAAGUAUGCUCCAGAUGAGAAUUGUCCUGAUCAGAAUCCUCGCCUUAAAAACUGGAGCCCUGGAAAAGAUCCUGAAAAACAAGUUAUUAUCAAAAAAGGGGAUUUGUUUCGUCUAAACUCAGAUGCUACAGUACACUCUAUAGUUAUACAAGAUGGAGGUUUACUUGUUUUUGGUGAUGAUAAAGAAGGUUCUAAAAAUAUUACCUUGAGAACUCGAUUUAUCCUGAUAAAGGAUGGUGGAAUGCUUCAUGUUGGAGCAGAGAAAUGCCGCUAUAAAUCCAAAGCAACUAUUAUUUUGUAUGGGAAGUCAAACGAAGGUGCUGAUGUGCCGGAAUUUGGCAAAAAAUUUAUUGGCGUGGGCCCUGAAGGAACGCUGGAGUUGCACGGGCACCAGAAGGUAUCAUGGACUCUUCUUUCAAAGACUAUAUAUUUCUCAGGGCUGGCCUAUGGUCAUUAUACAUUUAAAAAGAAUUUUUCCCGAGGACUAAAUGUUAGAGUGAUCGAUCAGGAUACAGCGGAGGUUUUGGAAGUGCUGAAGUUUGAUACUCAUGAAUUUGCAGAGGAAAGCUUAAAGCUCCAGAACUUGCUGAAAAAUGGGCAUCCUGGUCGCAUUAUUGCUAUUGCUGUAGGAGAUUCAGCUGCUAAAAAUCUUCUGGAGGAAACCAGAGUGACUAUUCAGAAUCUUCUGGGAAGUAGGUUUGUCAGAGGAUUAAGUUACAGGCAAGCCUGGGCUUUAGUUGGUGUCAUAGGUGGUGGAAAUUCUUCCUGUAAUGAAUCAGUGAGAAACUAUGAAAACCACAGCACUGGUGGGAAAGCUCUUGCUCAGAGAGAGUUUUUCACAGCGGAUGGUCAGAAGUUCGUUGUGAGAGCUUACAGCGAAUGGAAUGAUGGUGUCCCAAUAUCAGGCUUCCAGGUGGAAGCGGUGGGUGGAGUAAUACUGAACCUUGUGGAUGAUGUUAGUAGUUGGGAGCCUGGAGACAGGAUUGUGGUUGCGAGCACAGACUAUUCUAUGUAUCAGACAGAGGAAUUCACCCUCCUUCCCUGCACGGAGUGCACCAAGCAUCAGGUUAAAGUCAAAGAAAACCCUCAGUUUCCUCAUGUUGGAGAAGUAAUUGAUGGAGUGGACAUGAGAGCAGAAGUUGGAGUUCUUACAAGAAACAUCCUAAUAAAGGGGGAGACAGAAAAUACCUGCUAUCUUGAAAAGGAGUGUCAGUUCUUCAGUUACGAUACAUUUGGUGGACAUAUCAAGAUUUUGAAGAAUUUUACAUCUGUUCACCUUUCCUAUGUGGAAUUGAAGCAAAUGGGCCAGCAGCAGAUUGGAAGUUAUCCUGUUCACUUUCACCUUUGUGGGGAUGUGGAUGAAAAAGGAGGAUAUAUUUUUAAAACUUAUCUGGAAGGUCUUUCCAUUCAUCACUGUUUUUCUAGAUGUGUGAAUGUUCAUGCAACUAAUGGCUUGCUGAUAAAGGACACCAUCGGCUAUGACACACUAGGUCACUGUUUCUUCAUGGAAGAUGGCAUUGAGCAGAGGAAUACUUUGUUCCACAACCUUGGGCUAGUCACAAAACCAGGCACUCUUCUACCUACAGACAGAAACAGCAGCAUGUGUAUUGGGAUUAGGGAUAAGGUAUAUGGAAGUUAUGUCCCAGUGCCAGCCACAGACUGCAUGGCCGUUUCAACAUUCUGGAUUUCUCACCCCAACAAUCAUCUUAUAAAUAAUGCAGCAGCAGGGUCACAGGAUGCAGGAAUAUGGUAUUUGUUCCACAGGGUUGCUACAGGAGAUUCUCAUAGUCUAGCCAUCGAAACCAAAUCAGAGCUUACACCCCUAGGAAUCUUCUAUAACAACAGGGUUCAUUCUAAUUUUAAGGCUGGUUUGUUCAUUGAUAAGGGUGUUAAAACAACUAAUGCUAGUGCUGAUGAUCCCAGGGAAUAUCUCUCUUUGGACAACAAUGCAAGGUUCCGACCUCAUCAAGACGCAGACCCUGAAAAGCCCCGAGUUGCUGCCCUGAUUGACAGAUUAAUAUCUUUCAAAAACAAUGAUCAUGGAGCCUGGGUCAGGGGAGGGGAUAUCCUCAUUCAGAACUCUGGGUUUGCAGACAAUGGAAUAGGUUUGACAUUUGCGAGUGAUGGGAGCUUCCCAAAUGAUGAAGGUGCCAGCCAGGAGGUAUCAGAGUCGCUGUUCAUAGGUGAGAGCAAGAAUUAUGGGUUUCAAGGUGGACAAAAUAAAUAUGUGGGAACUGGAGGAAUAGACAACAAGACACGCACGCUGCCUAGAAAUCGGACAUUUCCAAUCAGAGGCUUUCAGAUUUAUGAUGGACCUAUUCACCUUACUAAGUGCACAUUUAAAAACUUCGUGCCAACUCCAGACAGAUUUACCAGUGCAGUUGGAUUCCUGAUGAAAAAUCCAUGGCAGAUGACUCCAAAAAAUAACAUUUCUCUUGUGAAGUUUGGUCCAAAUGUUUCUUUGAAAGCCUUCUUUGGGAAGCCUGGUCCCUGGUUUGAAGAAGGAGAUCUGGAUGGUGACAAGAACUCAAUAUUUCAUGAUCUAGAUGGCUCAGUGACUGACUACAGGGAUACCUAUGUGGGCCGAAUGGAUAAUUACUUGAUUCAACACCCCAAAUGCGUUAACAUGACAGAAUGGAGUGGAGUGGUUUGCAGUGGGAGCUAUGCACAGGUUUUUGUCCAAACCUGGAAUGGACAGAAUCUAUCCAUGACUAUUGUCCGAGAUGAGUAUCCAGCCAAUCCCAUGGUUCUUCGAGGUAUUAAUCAGAGAGCAGCUGCCUUUCAGCAGUACCAGCCGGUGGUGAUGCUCCAAAAGGGCUAUACAAUACAUUGGAAUGGAAAAGCUCCAAAUGUCACCUAUCUGUAUCUCAUUAAUUUCAACAAGAAUGACUGGAUACGUGUUGGUCUUUGUUACCAACCAAAGACAGAUUUUCUUAUAGUGUUGGAAACCUUUCAAAGGCGAUCAUCUGCUCUGUCAAACAAGGUGGAGCGCUACACGCCUGUAUCUUCAAUGAUGGAGCUUGAAAAGAAUCGAUCAGACAAGAGGUUUUACUUUGACAACAGUACUGGAUUACUGUUUUUAUUUCUUCAAGCCAAAUAUAAUAGGGAUGGUCACAGUUAUUGCUCAUCUCAGGGAUGUGAAAGGAUCAAGAUUGUGACCAAAGAUUCAUCAAAAGGGAUAAGUAAUUGCAUGGCAAAAGCUUACCCAAAGUACUACCAAGUACCAACCGUCAUAAAGCAGAUGCCAGAAAAAACUACUGUACCAUGUUCAAAAUGUGGCACAACUCAGAUGGUGUUCACCAGUGAUCCUCACAGAAACUACCUCCUUGUGCAGAUUAAUUCAUCUGAUGAAAAAGAGUCAAGCAGAGGCCAGCAAGCAUUUAUAUAUGUCAAUGACACCAUGUUUUCCUUCAAGGGUAAUGGAAUACUUAUUGUUGUAGUAGAUGCCUGCACUGGCACAGUGUUGGGAAACAAAUUAUUUUCUGGAGUAGACAUUAGGCAUGUAGAUGGAUAUUUAAAAUCUGGAAUUCCACAAAGGUCUAUCGUUCUGCUGAGCACAAGAGGUGAUGUAGCAAUUCCUAAUAAUUUAGGUGAAGCCUUAAUGUCCCUGGGGACAGCGAAACCACCUUAUCUUCAGAGCAAUGGAAGCUUGGCCUUUCUGGGCUUCAGAGGAAACAUUAAGCCAUCCUGGAUUAAGCUGUUUACCAGUCCUGCUGGGCAUGGGCUCGUUCAGAUAGAAAAGUAUAUCCCUCUGCAACUGGAAGAGUAUGGCUGUGCCAGAGCAACUAAAAGCCGUCAGAAAGACCUCGAGCUUCUGAAGAAGGCUGCACGAUCUCAUUAAAGACUAAGAUGUACAUAAAAUCUGGGGGAAAAAUGUGAACUAACUUAUUUUUUAAUUUAUGGCAUUUUAAACUAUAUUGUUACCCAAGUAAAUCAUGUUAUUGUCUGAGAGAUGUUUGCCAGCAUUGACUGCUUGAAUGCCAAUCUGUGCACCUUCUAGUUGUACAAAAUAUUAAAGAAUUUAUUAGUAUUUGUAUAAACAGGUUUCAGAGAUUUUUCAGAUGUUUGUAUUUACUGUAAACAAGUUCCUUCUGUUUAAUAUUCCUUUUGUAUGUAAGAGGGUAUUCAUAAAAGCCUUAAGUUUUUAGUAACAGGUGUUGGAGUGCAUUUUGGGUUACUUGAAAGAUUAGCAUCAAUGCCUUCAUAAACAGCUUGAAUUGGCCAUUAUACCUUAAGCAUUUUUCCCUCAGCUGUUUGGGUGUUUCCAUGGGAGUUUUUCUGUCAGGUCAGUUACAUUCUCAGUCUGCUUUCUAACUUGUUAAAGCCCAAUCUCCCCUAUGCAUGAGGCUGACUCAAGGGAUUUUUAACUGCAGUAAAAAUUUUUGCUUUCCUGUGUGAAAGAUGGAGGAAGGAAUUCAAAGAUCCAG